CGAAUAUGCAACUAAGUAUUAUAUUUGCGCUUCUCGGCUGGAUCGCCGUUGUAAAUGCUGGUGGUCUAAGCCAACUCUUCUUCCAAUGAAAACUACGAACAGCCCUCGUCUAAGCAGGUGUCGCACAUUAAACAAUGCAAGACCGUUGAAACUACGAGUUUAGAGCCAAAUGAAGUGCUCCAAAGUACCAUUUCGCCUGAAGUUUCCAGUACCAGAAAAACUGUGCCGCUUCCAACUUUGGCUCCUAGCUCCUCCUUAACUUCCACGGAAAUCAACACUGAUAUUGAUAGUAUAUCGAGAAAAAGCGAGAGAAGAGUUGUUCCACUACCAACACUUAAACCCACUUCCACUUUAAGCCCAAUUCAAGUUGGCAGUGACUAUGGUCAAAGGAAUGUACCUCACAGCGGUAUUAUGGGUUUAAUUCCAUUGGCCACAAGGGCACUGGAAUUAAUUAAAGAAAGGGUUGAUGAAAGUGUACCCAAUCCACAGAAACUUUUACCCCAACCAACUUUGAAGCCAUCUUCCACUUUAACCACAACCGAAGUCAGCUUGGAAAGGGAAGAUCAAAUUCAGGAUGAUUGCGAAACCCUUCCCGACGGUAUUGGAUCACGUUUAGAUGCUAAAACACUUAAAACGUUAGUUAAAAAUCAAUUGGGAUAAAUAAGUAUUACAUUUUGUUAAUUUAAAAGUUACAAAAUAUCAAAUAAAUUCUUCAUACCGAG